CAUUCAAUUUACAGUUUCCAAGUGAUCAUCACCAUGGAGAGAGCCUGCAAUAUAUAUUUCUUAUAAAUUCAAUAUUGUAGUAUUAAUUCAAUGAAACUAGAGCUUUUGGCUUGUUUAUUGUAAUAAACACUACUUUCGUGUUAAAAGGCAUCAUGGGAGCGACAUAUACGGCCAGUAUUAGUCAAAAAACGAGAAAUCACAAAUUUCUCUUGCAUAUUGUUUUAUAAAGGUUUCAGAAUGAAUGGAGGAAUGGAGCAUAAAACUCCUGGUCAUAACGCAGUGCUUCAUAAAGCACACAAAAACUAUAAAUUGCUUAUGGAUCCAUGCCUUGUUAAAGGAGCAACUAAAUUGUAUAGAUAUGAUGGAUGUGUUCCUGGAGAUCCAAGUUAUCCUCCAGUACAAUGUAGAGAUCCUAGAUCUCAGCUCUCGAGAAUAUGGAAUAGACUAGAACCAGCUGAUUUACCAGUGCCCAGAUUUAAAAUAGACAAGAAUUAUGUAGGGAUUCCUCCACAAUUAGAGAUAACUAUAGCAAAUUUGAAUGAUAACAUUGAUAAAGCAUUUUUGGUCGACAUGAUGAACAAAGUGGGACCGUAUGAGGAAUUGACAAUAUUCUACCAUCCAAUUACAAAUAGGCACUUGGGAUUUGCUAGAUUAGUAUUUCAAGAUGUAAAAUAUUCUAAAUUAUGUAUAGAGAAAUAUAAUGGGAAGUCUGUUAUGGGUCAGGUUCUAGGAGUCUUUCACGAUCCAUUUGGCAAAAAGUGUCAAGAGAUGUUUGAGGAAAAGACCAUGGAGAAGAGACAGCAAUCUGUUGCUCCCGUCGUGAAGCCACCUGUUGUAGUCGAAGAUGUACGCCUGCCAGUUGACUCAACACUCAGCAAAAGAUUAGAGGACACUAAACUAACUGAAAAGGAACCGUACUCGCGCUACAAAGAUGUGGAACAUAACGACAGCAAUACACGGUGGUCAGACGAGGAGCGCGAAUAUCGACACCGGCAUCGUAGUCGCAGCGAACGCGAAAGGGACAAAGAUAGAGAUAGGGACAGGGACAGAGAUAGAGACAGAGAUAGCGGACGAUGCAAGAGGAAAUGUAGACGAAGGUACAGGGAGCGCUAUUCGCGCGGCACCAGUGAGACGAGCGAACCGGCGUUUGCGUCGUCGAGUCAUACCUCCGAGGUGCCCUAUACUCCUGCGGGACCAUUGCCGUACGAUCCCUACUAUCAGCAACCUGGCUAUGGCUACGGGUAUGGAACGGGCGCUACUCCGGGUGGCAGCGGCGUGUGGUGGAACGACUGGCGUCAACCGCACCAUGCGCUACACACCCCAACACACCACCACCAACACUUGGAGCGGCGAGCGAGCGCGACUCCUUCGUGGUCGUCCACCCCCGCGCCUGCCCAGCAGCCCGAGCCCGAGGUCAAGGACAAAAGGGACAAGGACAAGGAGGUUCCAGUAGAGAGCAAAGUUGUGGAGCCAGUCGAACCGCGGCCACCAGAGGACCCCGCCGACGAUAAGGAACCAGAGCCGAAACCACCUCCGCCCGCAGAUGAGCCUAAAAACGUUGAUCUCGAUACUAGGAUAGCGAUGCUGCUGAAGGGCGCGGGCGCGGGCGGCGGCGGCGGCGGCGCGCUGGCGGCGCCGUUCCUGGCGCUGGGGCUGUCGCCGCAGCACCACGCCGACCGCCUGCCCGCGCGCAUACCCGACCUCGACGCACACCACCCGCCCUCCGACGACGAUUCAAUAAGCGAUGACCGGGAAAGUAUUAUGUCGGUGGAGCAGCCGAAAGAUAUGGAACCCGAGCCACUGUCGACUACACCAUCACCAUAUCUCUCUAGAGAGUUCUAUCUCGAGUGUCUACAAAUUACUGUUGAAAAGAAACCGAAGCCGAAGCAGGAGCCGCGUAAGUUGCCGGUACUAGACAAGAUCGGAUCCGACAUAUCGUCGUCGGAGGACGAGCUGCUGACGGGCGAGGAGCGGCGCCGCUCACCUGCGCCGCCCGACGCACGCGACUUGGACAACCUCGACGACGACCAGAUGUCCCUAUCGUCGCUGUCGUCAACGGAAGCGAAGAUCGAGGAAGCGGUGCCGGCUGACGUGUACUACGGGUACCCGCCCACGGCAGCGCCCGCGGCCGCCGCCGCGCCCGCGCCCGCGUCCGGCCCGCUGCCGCACCAGCCCUACUACCACCACAUGUGGCCGCCUACCGCAUAUGCACCCGGUUACGCUGCGAGCGGAGCAAUGGGGGCGGUGGGCGCGGUGCGGGCCGUGGGGACGGUGGGCCCCGAGCUGGCGCUGGCGUACGCCGGACCCUUCGCGCCGCCGCUGCUGCCGCACUACGCGCCCUACCACGACGCGCACCACCCGCCGCAGCAGGAGCUGGACAACCCGUACUACCCCACUAUCAACAGCGUCAUAGAACGUGUAACGACUGAACUCAAACAGAUAUUGAAAAAGGACUUUAAUAAGAAGAUGAUUGAGAGUACCGCCUUCAAGAGUUUUGAAGUGUGGUGGGAUGAACAGAGUCGUAAGCUGAGACAGAGCGCUAAGCUGAAGGCUGAAGAUACUGGCCAACCAUUACAGGAUAUUUCGAAUAAAAAGGAAGAGCCUGUAGACUCAAUAAAGACUAUAAUGGAAACACGCGAGCUCGGGCUGGAGCUAGGAGGGUACGGUGCAGGCAUAGGUCUGGGGCUCCGCGCCGCCAUACCCAAGAUGCCGAGUUUUCGCCGCAAGAGAAAGAUACCGUCGCCUGUUGUUAUGGACGAGGACUCCUCUAAGAGGCUGAGCGAUCAGGAGGAGAUGGUUCAGAACUCUGACGAGGAGAAGGAGGUGCCAGUGAGUCCGCGCAACAGGACCGCGGGCUCGUAUCUCUCGCGGAGUCAGCGGCGCCGCUCUACCAGCUCCUCGAGAUCAUCAUCGUCAUCUUCAUCGCGCUCAUCAUCAUCAGAGUCAGAAUCGGAGCGGAAGAACGCUGCGCCCAGGAUCUACUCCGAUACUGACGAUGAUUCCGAACUCGAAGAGGCUGAGCUCAAAGUUGUUUCGAACAAGGAAAGGUUACGGAGAGUAUACUCAUCAUCAUCUGACAGUGAGGAGGAACAGAGUAGAAGAGAGAAGACGCCGAUACCGGAGGUGGAGGCGGAGGAGGACCGGCUGGGCUCGCCCAUCCUGUCGCCGGAGGAGCCGCGCGACCUGCUGCUCGACCGCGUCUACUCCGACUCGGAGGAGGAGCGCGAGUACCAGGAAAGAAGAAGACGGAAUACAGAGUAUAUGGAACAGAUCGAGAGAGAAUUUUUGGAGGAGCAAAGAAAGACAAUGGAAGUGGCUAUGCGCCUGCAGCCGGAUAAACCUCCUGACGAAAGUAUACAAGACAGUAAACCAGAACAAUCUAGAAGUAGUCCAAUCAAGAACCAUCUGAAAUCACCAGAUAAGAGGGAAAGUAAGGAGGAGUUAGAAGAAGGCGAAAUCUCUUCCGACGAGGAGCCUUUAGAAAUAAGAAGAAAGGAAAAGAGAUCAAAGAAGAAUGAUAAAAGAAAGAGAAUUAUUUCUGUCAGUGAUCACAGUAAUAAUGAAACUAAUAUUAGCGUUAAUGGAGUCAAAGAAGCGAGCAGCGCGCUGUCGGAGACGUCGUCGCCGCAGUCGCAGGCGUCGCAAGCGUCGCAAGCGUCGCAGGUGGCGCUCGACCACUCGUACUGCCGGCCGCCGCCCGACCAGCCCGCCGCGCCCGCCGCGCCCGCCGCGCCCGCCCUCGCCUCGCAGCGCCGCACCUCCAACCACUUGCAGCACGAUCACGGUUACACAUGGAUGGCUGAACCAGAAAGUGAAACAAUACAAGAGGAGAUUAAACCUAAAAAAGAGACCAAACGGCCGUACAAGAGGAAAUAUGAAUCGAAGAAGUUGGCCGAAAUACAGAAUAAAUUGUACUCGAGUCAGGAGGAGCAGUCGGCGACGGCGUCGGCAGACGGGUGGACGUUCAAGCCGCGUGACAUAAUGUGCGAGAUGCAGGUGAUGUACGAGUUCCUGACGCGCGGCAUCGACCGCGAGGACGUGGAGUACCUGCGGCGCGCGUAUGAGACGCUGCUGGCGGAGGACCCGCAGGGCUACUGGCUCAACGACACGCACUGGGUCGACCACCCGCCCACUGACGUCUGCUACAGCCCGCCGCGCAAACGCAGCAAACGACACAACAAUAUCUACGAGGACCUGCAGGGUCACUCGAGUGGGUCAGCUCGUACUGAAGGUUAUUACAAAAUGGAUGCGCGACUGAAGGCCAAAUAUAAGUACCACCACGGGCGCAGCAAUGCGGCCGCGCUGCAACAGCAGACGGACGACAAGAAAGCCUCCAAGAUGCAGUUGUUAUCCAGAGAGGCCAGGUCCAACCAGAGGAGACUGCUUACUGCAUUUGGUACUGAUACGGAUUCAGAUCUGUUGAAGUUCAAUCAAUUGAAAUUCAGAAAGAAACAGUUGAAGUUCGCCAAGUCCGGCAUCCACGAUUGGGGUCUCUUCGCUCAGGAGCCGAUAGCGGCGGACGAGAUGGUGAUCGAGUACGUGGGCCAGAUGAUCCGACCGAUAGUAGCGGACGUGCGCGAGGCGCAGUACGAGGCGACCGGCAUCGGCAGCUCAUACCUGUUCCGCAUCGAUCUCGACACCAUCAUAGACGCCACCAAGUGUGGCAACCUCGCCAGAUUCAUCAACCACAGCUGCAAUCCGAACUGCUACGCGAAGAUAAUAACAAUAGAGUCUCAAAAGAAAAUUGUGAUAUACUCAAAGCAGCCGAUCGGUGUAGACGAAGAGAUCACUUACGAUUACAAGUUCCCACUAGAAGACGAGAAGAUUCCGUGCUUGUGCGGUGCGCCGCAGUGCCGCGGCUUCCUCAACUGAACCCAGCACACUGCAUGCAUAUAUGUCGAGCGAUUAUACAGCUUCAUACAAACACAAAUAUGUCGAUACAUACAUUUGGACACAAAGACUGUCUCAUCAUUCAAUUUAAUAUAUUUCCGUUUGUUUGAUCUGUAGCAAUCUCAAUGAUUUUUUUAAAUAAUAUUUAGUGUUCAAGUAAGAACCCAUAUCGAUGUGACAGAGACAAUGAAUAUUUUAUUAGCAAAUACCUGCAUACUCUUUUGUAGUGAUCAAAAUACACAAUACAAUAACUCUUAGUUCCUUAUGAGAGAAAAUGCUUUAGAUCGGUGUAUAAACCUAAUGUGGACAGGAUUCUAUUACAUAUGUAUUGAUAUAUUAAGAUUAAUAAUAUAAUAUUCCAACUUAUUAAUAUUGGGGUUUGAAAUUUUUACUUACUAGUAAUAAAUAUCAAAUCGGUCUUUUCUGGUAUAUUCGGGAUAUAAACAUAGUAACAAUCUAACUCAUCAUGAACUGCUUUAUAAGAGAAACUGGAAUGAUAACGAAUGGACUAUAGUAUUCAAGUAAUUAAAAUACAAAUUUUAAUCAGUCUCAAUAAAAUAGACUAUGAAGAAACUUAAAAAAGGCACUAAAGUUUCUAUUUGUAAUAUGUAUUACUUAUUAUAAUUAAUAAGAAGCAGUCUUGUUACCAAGUGUUCAAGUGUGUGUGCUUUGGAAAAGAAUCAUAAUUAUAAGUUGAAACUAGCUGUAUCCCACGGUUUUGUUCGCCUGAAUUAAGAUAAAUAGUAUCCUAUGUAUUGAUCAUCUCUUUAUAUGAUCUAUGUAUCAAAUUUCAUUCAGUUUGUACGUGUUUAAGUAGCAAACAUCCAAACAGAUUGACAAAGUUUCACAUUUAUAGUAGAACAAGAAACCUCCUUUUGUAAUCUUAGUCUUCCGUGACAGCAAUAUAAUUUAUUAUCUUGCUGUAAAGCGGCCCACGAAAACUGAGUAAAACUCGCAAGCUUUGUCCUCAUAAUAUACAAGCUUUGUUGGUUACAUUACUUUUUCACGCGUUCUUGAGUUGUUUUUAACUAAGAAAUUUACUCGGGCAUGCGUUGAUGAGAUUUUGUUAACCAACGAAUCUCAUUAUUAUGGCAGCAGCAAUACAUACUGUGUAGUAAAUAAUUUCGUCAUUGCGAAUUAAAAACUUGUAUAUAACACCAUUGUUGUUUUCGCGCAAAAGAAAAAAAAUUUGUAUAUCCCUAAAAUUGUUUUUUGUUUCAUAAUAUUUAAAUAUUUUGAGAUAAGUAGACAAAUUUGAUUCAAUUGGAGACCUAUUUGGUUCCAGUAAGGUUUUAUUCGCAUUGAUUAAUUAGUGACUAUUUGAAGAAAAUUACUUCUUCAUAAAGUGUGUUUAAAGACUAUCUCAAUUUGUAUCUUUAUAAAGCAGGCAUUUUUUGAAACGUACGUUUCUACCAGUGUCACUUUGAAUGUAAUGCUCUCAAAACUGCCUGAAACGAAUAUGUAAUUUGUAUUUAAUUAUAAAUUACUGUGUGGUGUGUGAAUCGAACUGUUUUAUUUCUUGUAUUUAUGUGAACGCCUAGUGCACUCUUGUAUGUAAUAAUCAUUAAUAGUAAUUUUGUAUUAUACGAAACAUAUUUUGACUGAGUUUAAAAUGAUUGAUUAGACAUAGGCGUCAGAAGUAACAUACUGUAUAAUUUGUGUUGUACAUUAUUUGUGAAUAAAUGUAGAUCUCUGCUGUUACGUCAGACAUUGUAGUACACUUUUAAAGUACAUGGAUGAAGUUUAUUUGCUAACUGAUGUUUGGUAAAAUAUGUCAUUUCUUAAUUAAAGAAAAUUGUGUUUCUUGAUUGAGAAAUAGUGGUCGAUGUAAUAAAAUAAAUUUGUGAAACGUUAGCGGUUCUUCAAAUCGCACUUUAUAUUAUGUAAAAUGUAUAAGGUUGUAAAUAAAAGAUUCCAACAAUUUUAA